AUGAUCAACCGCGGGUACACCAAACCAAAGCCGAUCGUGCAGAAAGGCUCGAGCGACGAUGGCGACGACUCGAACGAGGAAACGUCCUCAGGAACCGCCGAAUCAGGCACCAGCUCAGGCACGGAGUCGGAGAUGGACACCACGGAGACGUCCUUUUCCUCGAAAAGUGCCACCGAAUGUGGUGGUAGCAACACCACGGCCGGUCCAGGACCCUGCAAGCAGCUCCAGGGCCAUCAAGGACUGCUGCGAAUGAACAACCGCAACUACGCCGUCUACUGUGGUGGAGACGCGGACACGAAAAACUCGAAACACUUCUGUCACCAUCAUCAUCAUCGCCAUCAUCACCACCACGGCGAUGAUGAGGGCAAAAAGGACGUGAACUGUUGUAGAAGUGCUCUCGACCAAAAUACGCGCCUUGUACAUAGAAUCAAGAAAUCGAAGAAAACACAACCGAUCAGUAUUUGCAUUCUCAACUGCCGAUACGACAUCAUCCCGCGGGUGUGCAAACGGCUCGGGUACCGGCUGGUUGGUGAGUCGGACUUCUGGAACGUCUGCUGGACGGAUUCGUUCGUGGCGGUGGAUUUUUGCCGCGACAUGCGCCGCUUCCAGAAGGUUAACCACUUCCCGGGGAUGUUCGAGAUCUGCCGGAAGGAUCUGCUGGCGCGUAACCUCAACCGGAUGCUGAAGCUAUUCCCGUUGGACUAUCAGAUUUUCCCCAAGACCUGGUGUUUCCCGGCGGACUUGGGGGACGCGAUCGCGUACAGUCGAACGCACCGCAGCAAGACGUUCAUCCUGAAGCCCGACCAGGGCUCCCAGGGUAAGGGGAUCUUUUUGACGAAAAACCUUAAGGAGAUCAACCCGAAGGAUCGCAUGAUCUGCCAGGUGUACGUCACGAAACCGCUGCUGAUCGAUGGGUACAAGUUUGAUCUACGCGUGUACACGCUGAUCACCUCGACGGAUCCGUUGCGAAUUUUCGUCUACAACGAAGGGUUGGCCAGGUUCGCCACAAACAAGUACAAGGAACCGUGCGUGACGAACGCAUCGAACACGUUCAUGCACCUGACGAACUACUCCGUCAACAAGUACAGCCGGACGUUCUCGAACGACGACGAGGCCGGUUCGAAGCGACGAUUUUCCACGCUCAACCGCAUCCUGACAGCCGAGGGUUACGACAUCGCUGAGCUGUGGAGCAACAUCGACGACGUGAUCGUGAAGACGGUGAUGAGCGCCUGGCCGAUGCUGAAGCACACGUACACGGCCAGCUUCCCGACGCACGACAUCAUCCAGGCGUGCUUCGAGGUGCUCGGAUUCGACAUCCUGAUCGAUCACAAGCUAAAACCGUACGUGCUCGAGGUGAACCACUCGCCAUCCUUCCACACGGACGAAACGAUCGACAAAGAGAUCAAGGAAGCGCUCAUCACCGACACGUUCGUGAUGCUUAACCUCAACGGUGAGGUGAAGAAGCGCGUGCUCGAGGAGGACAAGCGGCGCAUUCAGAACCGAUUGCUGCAGCGGCUCCGGGACUACUCCAAGCAGACGGGUCCCAAGGACCAGCAGCAGAAGGAACCCCAGCAACAGCAGCAACAGCAAUCGCAACAGCAAGGAGGACGAGAUGGGCAGGAUCCUGACGAGGACCCUUACGGGGAGGAUGGGAUGGGCCCGUGGGCCGAACAGAUCACGUGGGAAGAAACACACCUGGGCGGGUACAGGCGUAUCCUGCCAGCACCGGGUGACCCCAACCGGUACCUGCAGUUCUUCAUCGCGCAAAGUCAAGCCUCGGUGUACAACGAAACGGCCGCAAGUAAACGGCGCGAAGAGUGCGCCAAACAGCAACGGAUCGAGCUGGAAGAACGCUUCCGCCUGAACCAAGCCAUCCUGCACAAGCACAAUCCGAAGCUGCAGAAGGGCGGGCUGGGUGCGGGCGAGGACGCAGCGGGUGGCGCCGGUGGUGCGGGUUCCCUGGCGGGAAAGAAGAAGCUCCGGAAAUGGAAGGCGCCCAAGGUGACGAAAAAACACGACGACUUCUCGCCGGAUCAGAUCGCGGAUUACGAGGAACGGGAACGGAUGGCGCUGCUUGGGCAGCGGGAUUUUCUCAUCCGAACGUGCGGGUUGGUGCAGAGUAUGUACAUCAACUUCCACCGGAACAAGCUGCUGACGGAUUCGGAUCGGCGCAAGUACAAAGAAACGUACGCGAAGCUGAUCACCAACGAUCACCUGCAGCAGUCCGAAUCGUCCCCACUGUCGACCCACACGUUCUCGACGAUUCACAGCACCAGCACGGUCGCAGGUUCGGCCGUAACGUACGGUGGCCAUCACGGUGGGACGAACGUUUCGAACACGACGACAACCUGCCUGCCAAGUCUGCAAAACCACGCGAAUGGAGGCGGUGGCAUUGGGCAACAUUCGGCGGUGCAGCAACCGUUCCAUCAGUCCCCACAUCAACACCAGCAGCAGCAGCAACAGCAACAGCAACCAUCACAGCAACAGCACUCCAAUCAGCUACAGAAACUGCAAAUCAAAAGCCUCGUGGCGAUUAACGACGUUACCUCGUGGAUGCAGUGUACGGAGGUACCGGUGCAGAGUCGGCCUCCGUUGCCGUACCUGUUGGCCACGCAACCGACCAACUAUCGCAGCACCAAAUCGACCAUGGCCCGGCAGGUGACGAACGUGGUCAAACGGCACAGCAUGGAAUCCCGCCAAUACUACACCUCUGAUAAGCUCAUCUAG